AUGUAAUUCAGGUUUUGUUCCACAAGAUAGUACAAUUUAAAUUAUUCUCCAUAUGUUGCUUAAUUAUCUCAUAACGGUUUAUUUAAACCAGGAUGCAGUGCAUGAUAGCAACGGUCCGGUUUCUUUUGCAGAAAUAGAGAACAACACGACAGCUAGUAUUGUAGAAUUAUCCAAUACUCUUGGUAAUUUGGAUGAGACACAUUGUUCUUGCUCUAAACAUAGCGCAAAGAGAGUUUGGGAAGCAUCACUUUCUUCCUUGAAGUCAAAGAAAGUAAAAGGAGUCAAUCUGGACCAUUUUCAUUCUCACUCUAACAAAAAUCUUGAUCCUGAAAGUGAUGUAUACGAUACCUGCUCUCAAGGAUGCUCUUUAGCCAAUUCAAAGCAUGAGAUUUUAUCAAGUAUUUAUCCUAAAAAUCCAACCAAUCAGUGUACACAAAAUUUCUGUCAAGAAUUUGGAAGUGUAAAUGUGGCAUCAGAGGACCUCAAUUCUGAAGAGAACACAUUAGGAAAACCAUUUAAAAUUAUGCUGAUGAACAUUGCAGACGAAACUAAGAAAACUCAGCUCAUGAAGAGCUUGGAUUGUCUCCUCCAGUUGGUUAAAGGAAAGCUACCGGGAAGGCAGAUUUGUUGACGAGUUGCCUUACAUACUAAAUGAUGAUGACUACAUAUCGAAGUAUCGAGCCAGCCUAAAAGCUGCAGUUCUCAGGGCAAAAGCAUGUUCUUGAGCUUUAUUUGAAGGGUAUGAUGUUUGCAUAUCAGCUCACGCUCAACCACCACCUAAAACUCUAUCCCUGAUAGUCAAGUCAGCCGGUGGAAAUGUAAUUUCUCUGUUAUUGUACAAAUCUCGAGUACUAGGUUUGGUUCUCUAUAUUACAUAUACAACCACUAUAAUAUGGCUAUCCUCCCAUCUAAUGAAGACGUGAAGUUCUCAACAAACAAGCACGUAUACGAAUUCUAGACAUGGGUCAAUAAAUCAUAGACAUGGUGACGUGUCAUUUUUUUCU